AACCCGGAAGCGCUGGAAUAUGCGUUAAUAUGUGUGACCAGGACAGUAAAUGUGAAGGAAAUUUGAAAUGUUGUAGUAAUGGUUGUGGAAAAACCUGUCAAGCACCAAAUUCUAUUCCGAAAGAAACAAAGCCGGGUACCUGCCCUCCUGUAAAACCCGGAAGCUCUGGCAUAUGCGUUAAUAGUUGUGACCAGGACAGUAAUUGUGAAGGAAAUUUGAAAUGUUGUAGUAAUGGUUGUGGAACAACUUGUCAAGCACCAAAUUCUAUUCCGAAAGAAACAAAGACGGGUUCCUGCCCUCCUUUAAAACCCGGAAGCGCUGGCUUAUGCAUUAAUAGGUGUGACCAGGACAGUGAUUGUCAAGGAACUUUGAAAUGUUGUAGUAAUGGUUGUGGAAAAACUUGUCAAGCACCAAACUCUAUUCCGCCCGAAACAAAGGCGGGUUCCUGCCCUCCUUUAAAACCCGGAAGUGCUGGAAUAUGCGUUAAUAGGUGUGACCAGGACAGUGAUUGCCAAGGAAAUUUGAAAUGUUGUAGUAAUGGUUGUGGAAAAACUUGUGAAGCACCAAACUCUAUUCCGCAAGAAACAAAGGCGGGUUCCUGCCCUCCUAUAAAACACGGAAGCGCUGGAAUAUGUGUUAAUAUGUGUGACCAGGACAGUAAAUGUGAAGGAAAUUUGAAAUGUUGUAGUAAUGGUUGUGGAAAAACUUGUCAAGCACCAAACUCUAUUCCGAAAGAAACAAAGGCGGGUACCUGCCCUCCUGUAAAACCCGGAAGCGCUGGGUUAUGCGUUAAUAGUUGUGACCAGGACAGUAAUUGUGAAGGAAAUUUGAAAUGUUGUAGUAAUGGUUGUGGAACAACUUGUCAAGCACCAAAUUCUAUUCCGAAAGAAACAAAGACGGGUUCCUGCCCUCCUUUAAAACCCGGAAGCGCUGGCUUAUGCAUUAAUAGGUGUGACCAGGACAGUGAUUGUCAAGGAACUUUGAAAUGUUGUAGUAAUGGUUGUGGAAAAACUUGUCAAGCACCAAACUCUAUUCCGCCCGGCAAAAAGUCAGGUCUCUGCCCCAGCAUAAAACCCGGAUCCGUUGGCAUAUGCGCUAUGAUGUGCUCUUAUGACAGCCAAUGUAAACGAGAGCUGAAAUGUUGUCGUAAUGCUUGUGGUGGGACAAAUUGUGUACCGCCUAUAUUCGUUUCCUGAAAGGGCUGGAUCUACAAAUUCUUUCAAUGAGAAAACAUUGGUAAAGAUGUAACUAAAAAGAGUUAAAGAAUCUCUACUGCAGAAAAUUAAAGUUUUUUAGGCAAACCUGUUUAUGUCCUGUCUUUGUGAACAGUUCUCUAAAUCUUUCACUUUUUGCCACUUUUUUAUUCAAUUUCUCUACUAAACUAGCUUCAGUAAGACAUUCAGCUUGUGCUGGUCUGUGUUCAUAGUGCUUUAUAUGCUUAGACGACAUUACAAUAUCACUAUGAAAAUGAUAACAUUUAUACAUACACAGUUUAUCCAAGUGUUUAACUUCUGAAUUAUUCUUUUUAUUUUACAAAGAUAUAAUAAAUUCUUCUAAACCA